AGUCAUACACAUCUUAAACAACAACGGUAGAAGCAAAAAGUAAUAAUAUAUUGUCACAUUGUCAACACAAUAUACACUUGUUUGGUUUGCUAUCUUGGGAAGUGAUAUGCUGUUGUUGGGAGUUUCAAGUUUCGUGCUUCUUUGUCUUCUGUUUCAAGCAAACGCACAAGAACGUUUAUGUUCCACCUCAGAUGGGUUUAUGGAAACUUUCUUCAGCGUUUUUGAGAACAGCCCGAAUGGAACGGUUUUGGGCAAACUUGACAUCAUAGGGAACACUCAAGGUGAUGACAAAAAUAUUGAUCUUCGGUUAGAUGGCAAGGGCGCCAUGUGUGGUGAAAAACUUUGCGAAUCGUGGAUUUACUUUGAUGACGUCACACAAACAUUGAGUCUGCGAGUGGACGAUGACGUCAUGUUAGAUAACGACGGGCAGCAUGGAGUCGACUUCAUUGAAGUUUCCAUCUUUUGCUCGGCGCCCAUUACGAACAUCUAUGACGUAGCAAUCAUCGUCACAAUCAAAGUUGAAGACGUCAACGACAAUGAUCCAUUGUUUGUUGGUGAACCCUACGUCAUAUCUGUAAAUGAGAUGACGUCAGUUGGUACGUCAAUCUUCAAUGUGACGUCAUCGGAUUUGGACAAAGUCUCACAUAGGUCGUAUUACGUCAUUCCAGGAUCGACAGCGUCCGAUUAUUUUGCGAUUAAUUCCCCAUCUUCUGGAGAAAUUAAAUUGACGCAAAAACUGGAUUUCGAAACUAUGACCCAACCCCUUGAACUGGGUGUUGAGGUACGUGACGUGGGGCGACAUCUAACGGGUGAUACUCGAACUAUGAAAACCAUGGUAACGAUCAAAGUUGAAGAUGGGGACGACCAACCUCCAGCUUUUGAACCUUGCACAAAAGUGGCGGGUAAAUGUGUCAACCCGGUUUAUAAGACAACUAUCAAUAGGUUUGCAAGGUCAAACAAAGUCCUGGUGCUCGAACCUGCACAGUUAUACGCGGUAGAUCCUGAUCUUCAAAUUCGACAAACCAUUAAGUACUCACUGCUUGCUGUCAACCCUGAAGGAUUGGAAAGUUACUUCACUGUUGAACCAAGCACAGGGGGUGUAAGGUUGAGAAGAAGUUUGCCUGAAACUGGAAUCCCUGAAGAUAUUGAAGUCUUUGUACAGGCGAGUCAAAGUGACAAUGAAAGAAUGUCGGCGAUUGCAACCGUUCAAAUCCAUGUUCAAGGUAGAAUGAGCGUCUCAACUAAACCGGAAAUACUAACUACAAAUCUGACCCAAGUCCAAGCUGUUGUUAACUCUAUUGAUGAUCUCUCCUUGGUACGAACACUAGCUGGCAAUAUCGUGCAGAUCCAAGUAAAGGGUGACUCAGCAAAUAUUAACUUCAUGUUAGAUGAUUCACCUUUUUUUGAAAUAUCUCCGAGUGGUUUCGUUUUGGCAAAGAAUCAAGAAAUUCUUCAACAGAAUGCAAGAAACUUUGUAAUUAAGGUGAGAGUGGAAAACACAAAAGCUUCGGGCAAUGAUACAAGAUACAGUGAUACUUUGUUUCUUAGAGUUGAGAUCCUUGUCAAUACAACUUUAUCAAUUGGAUGUAGUGAGCCAGUGACGAACGUGAUUGACAGCAUGACUUGUAUAUCAGCACUUGGUGUAUUUGUUGCUCUAUUCAUCUUAUGCAUACCUGUUAUUAUACUUCUUAUUGUUAAGAUGAGACGAUACAAAGCAAGAAGUGCAGAUGUUUCUAAACAACCUUAUGUGCUCUCCCAGUCCUUUGGUAAGAAAUACGACGGCUUUGGAUAUUUGAACAACUCUGGUUUUAAAGAUGACUCAACAUCUUUUGCGAGCUCUGUGCUGAGUCAUAAACAGUCGCUUGAAUCCGGUUUAGACAGGUAUGGUCACAUGAUCAAAGCACCAGCUGUGGACGAUGAGGUUCCACAUAUCGCGCCACUGGAUGCCAUGAAUAACUCAGGAAAGUCAAAGAAAGAAAAUGUUGCGGCCAUUAUCCCAUACCAGCAUUCCACCCCAACCCCUCGUGUGCAAGGUUGGGAGUUGGAACAGAUUAAGCAUCCAAUAGACUUCUCUCAAAUAAGAAUCGAGCAAUGGCUCCAAGAGGAGGAAGAGGAAAAGAGUGAGAGGAGUGGAGUGGGAGAGGUCAACUUGGGAUCACCAAGGUCAUGCUUUGUAAAGAUAUAUACAGGUUCGUUCAAGAACAAGAAGUCGAUAUCUCGUGAUGUGAUGACCAUGAGUGACGUGGUUCAUGAUCAGUCAUGUGCUCAUCCAAAUAUUGUCAAGUUUUUCGGGGCUUGUGUUGAAAAAAAGUCAUUAUAUGUGAUCCAAGAAUACGUGGCAUCGAGCGAUCUUCGUAAUUUCCUCAUCAGUAGUCGAAUGUUGGACCACUCGGCUGUUAUAUCUACUUUAUCUGGAUCCCAACUCACCAACUUUGUUAUAGGAAUAUGCGAUGGCUUGUCUUUCCUCCACGAGAACGAUGUCGUCCACGGAGGUUUAUGCGCGAAGAAUGUUCGCAUCAAUGAUCGGCUUGUUCCUAAAAUAUCGGGUUGUUGUGCGGAGGGAGGGGGAAGAUGGAGAUGUAAAAGCCAAAGAUGGGCCGCACCUGAAUAUCUUGCUUCGAAAAUUUAUAACGACAAGUCUGACAUUUGGUCGCUCGCUGUUGUGGCUUGGGAGAUUCUGUCACUAGGUGGAACACCAUUCGCCGAGACAACGGACGAGAAAAUCCCGUCGUUUGUUCAAAGACAACUUGAUACGGGAGGUUCCUUGUUUCCUGUGACGAGAAACACGACGAAACGUUUAUGGAUGUUACUUCAAUCAUGUUGGUCCGAGAAACCUCAAGAUCGCCCACAAGUGGAGAGUGUUUUGUCUCGUUUGAAGAAAAUGAAGGAAACAUCAAACGCGAUCACGGUUGCGCGACCUCCUGGCUAUCGAUUCUUCCCUACAUCUUCACAAUGAUUCAGAAACAUAGAAAUCUUAGGCUGAAGCAGUAUGUGGAUAAGCCACAACUGUAGACUUCCUGUGAAAGUCUUACAUUUUUUGCUGUUGAAGCCUUAUGCCCAUUGGUACUUUAUUGACUACAUUUAUACCAAAGUUUUAUUCAAAUCACACAAAGUUCCCGCUGUGGGACUUGGAACCCUGGACUGCCAUACUUUAGUUAGAUCAUUGUAGUACAGCUGUUUGUAUAUUACUGCAGGGUAAGAUGGAUACUAUCAGUGCAUAACAUCCCAUAUUUCCUAAUCGUGUUUUGAACAAUUAACAACGCUCUUUUAGAGUCGCGUAGAUACGUUUUUUAGGAUUCUGUAAAAUAUUAUUUGUUUACGACCAAACGGAACGGUAAAAGAUAGUGAGAACAUGUCCCGUAUUAUCCCAGCCUGAAACAUAACCACACAUGGACCAUCUUACCACCACUACAAUACCAAAAGCGGUUGGUGUAGUCUGCGCACACACUUCUACAUUUAAACGUAACUGUGUUUUCAUUUAACGACUGUUAUGUUGCCUUGUGGCCUUACUAGAAUAUAUGUUACAAUUACGUAAUAAACUAUGGUGAUUACGCCAUAGAGGGGUUUGUGACGUCACAUCCCCGUUAUUUAAAUAAUUUGCUGCCUGACAAGCUUUAAAUGGCACCACGUAUUCCGAUCGCCGCGGGCACUGUUACGUCACAAAUCGCGUUGUUCAAUCGCGUUAUUCAACAAUCGACGAUGUUGUGACGAUUGUGGCGUUACUAGAACGAGGGAUAAGUUACGAAUUGUGGUUUUAACAGUUGAUUUAUUACAAGUAUAACCUAAAUUAUUGAGUUGUUUGGCAGAUGUGAAAUUUUGAUAUCAUAUUUUAGAACAACAAGGUCAAGUUUGCUUUGUGAAAUAAAAGUUUGACGCUGAGU